AUGGAAUUGCAGGACUCAGCAAACUCAUAUGAACGAAUUCUUUCACAACUAGCAAUGGAAAUAAAUCAUCAUGAAUCUCGUUUAUCCACAUUUAAACUUCGUUCUAUACGUGUCAAAAGACUUUUUACUUUAUAUUGUACAAUUUUAUAUCUCAUUUAUUUCUUAAUAUGGAUUUUAUUUUAUAUGCGGAAAACACAAGAUAUUGAAAAAUGGCUUUUAAAGUUUUCUAUUCUUAUUAUCUCUAUUUUUGGCAUUUAUUUUGGACGAAUAAUUUUCACUAUUUAUUAUACAAAAAUGAUUUCUUCAGAAGAAUCGAACUUAGAGCAUUUGAGAACAAAACAGCGUGAAAAAGUAGAAGAACUUAAAACUAAAACAAAUUUUUAUUCAACACAAUCAUUAAUUGAUCGAUAUUCAAAUUCUCAAAAAAAUACACCAGAAAAAUCUAAUAUAUCUUUACUUGAUUUUAGUGAUUCAGAAAAAAAAACACCAAAGCAUAACUAUUUAUCUUCAAAUUUUGAUUCUCCAUUACGAUCUACUUUUCAAAAUUCAAACCAACAAAAUCAAACUUCUACUCUUCGAUUAAGACACAUUAAUAGUAAUAAUAAUACAAAUAAUUCUUUCAACGAAUCCUUUCCAAUGACAUCCAAUGCAUCAUUUCCUAUUGAUAAAUAUUUCAAACCAUCCCAAGAUAAUUCUUUUAUUUCUCGAAUUUUAAAUUUUAUCAUUGGUCCAGAUGAAACAUCACCUGAAAAUAGAUAUGCUUUAAUAUGUAAAAAUUGUGGAAUUCAUAAUGGAUUAGCCCCAUAUGGAGAAAAAUGGGAAUCAAUUAAAUACAUUUGCAUGAACUGUGGAUCAUGGAAUGGAAAUAUAAAGCAGGAUAUAAAAAAUACGAAAGAUAACUCAAAUAUACUUAAAGAAAAUCUAAAACUAGAAGGAACAUUUAAAAACAAAGAAGAAGCAUUUAAAAACAAAGAAGAAACAUUUAAAAAUGAAGAAACCUGCCCUAAAAUGCCAAAAUAA